AUGCUGUUACGACAUCUCGUCCAGGGUUGCCUGCCCGUUUUAGUCACCUCAGCCUGUGUUCCGGGUCACGGCGAUAGCCUUACAGCUUCUCUUGACUACGGCACCUUUCAAGGCGCAUACAGCAGCCAGUACAACAUCUCAUAUUGGCAGAAGAUCCCCUUUGCCGCGCCGCCUAUAGGUGACAGGAGAUUUCGAGCGCCACAGCCGCCAACACGCGUCUCUGGAGUUUACAACUCGACUCGGGCCUUCUCUGCCUGUCCCUCCAGAAGCACAGGCUCCGAGGACUGCCUCUACUUGGGACUCUACUCUCGACCAUGGAGACGAGGCCAGCCGCUUAAGCCCGUUGUGGUAUUUUUCCACGGCGGCGGCUUCGUGUACGGCACCGCUUCCCAGGCUCUUAACAUUUCAGCGUCGGCACCCCAACUAUUUCCUGUCUUAAACGUCUCAGAAUCGACCGACAUCCUGUUUGUCCACCCGAAUUACAGAAUCAACGUUUUUGGCUUCCUUCCCGGAAAAGAGGUUGCCGCAGAUCCCGAAUCAGACCUCAACGUCGGACUGCUGGACCAGGAAGCCGCGCUGAAAUGGGUGCGCAAGCACAUUUCCCACUUCGGCGGUGACCCAAACGCUAUCACCAUAUGGGGCCAGUCAGCAGGAGCCGGUUCUGUCGUGGCACAGACGGUUGCCGCCGGUCGCAGACGCGAAGUGCUGUUCAAGCGUGCCCUGAUCUCCAGCCCAUACUGGCCCAAGACAUACAAGUACGACAGCCCGGAGGCACAGGAGCUGUACGAUAGAUUGCUGAACCUCACGGGAUGCGCUGGAAACCCCAACGGGUUACAGUGUCUCAAAUCACUUCCCCUGGAAAGUCUUGAAGCCGCCAACACCAUCCUUGUCAACAGCGGGCUCUACGGUCCUUCGCAGUAUACCUGGGCACCAGUCAUUGAUGGAACCUUUCUCUCAAAACCGCUGUCAAAAGUCACUCCAGCGGACGUCAAGAUUGAGACCGCCUUUGGCAUGUACAACACCCGUGAGGGCGACUACUUCAUGCCUCCUGGCUUGAGAGAGGCUACACGUUCCGGCACUCCCCCGUUCAACAGCAGCGAAGCAUCCUUCGAUGAAUGGCUAAAGGGUUAUCUACCCAAGUUGGGAAAUGACGGCUUGAAAGCUGUCAAGCGUCUGUAUCCAGCCGAGGGAACCACCGAGACGCUGCAAUACAACGACACGUUCACCCGAGCUAGCAUGAUCUACAGGGACAGUGUGUUGGCUUGUCCCAACCUGUGGACGGUCAACCUCGUGGCCAACGGGGCCAAGAGGGAUGAUAAGGAUCAUCGUGGAUGGAUCGGGGAGUACAGCAUCUCACCAGCCAACCAUGCCUCCGAUGUAGAUUGGUGGUAUCUUCCCAACCAGAAACAGCCAUCCGAUCCGCUUCAUUACCGCGGUUUCACCGGCGCCAUCGCCUCGUUCCUCAUGCGCGGUGACCCGAAUGCUCUCAAGCUGAUGAGCGACUCAGUACCGAGUGUCCCGUUUGUGGGGUCGGGGCGCGAGUUUGUAGUCACCCCUGAUUCAUUUGAUCAGACGGAGUAUGAACGGUUGAAAGAGCGUUGUGAGUUCUGGAAGUCUAUGGCACCCAAGGUGCCGAUAUAA